GCCAACUACCCUGUUUAUAUAGUACUUGUAUAUAUAUGACACCAUUUAAGUAAAAUUAAGAAUUCAAAGUGAUCGGCAACACAGGAAGACCGUGAGGAUGCAUCCAGCGUCUGCUUUGAAGAGUUUAACGUUGGCUGUGCUUAUCAGCGCGUGUUUUUCAAUGUCUAAUCGAUGUCUACCUGGAGACGAGAGCUGUUUUCCUAAAAAUAUUGAGUUGAUAAAAUUCUUAGAAUCUCUGGAAGGAAAUCUUUAUUUUCCACACCAGCCAGAAUACGAUGAACUUGUUGUGCAGAGAGAGACCAUAUAUACGAAAUUCCCUUUCGCCAUUGCCAAAGUAAAGAACACAGCUGAUGUUCAAAAGUGCGUUCUCUUCGCUCGCAAACACAAUUUGCUGGUUUCCGUCAAAACUUCCGGCCACGAUUUCCUAGGCCGAUCCACUGCACAUGGAAGUUUGAUGAUUUAUCUUGGGGGUAUGAAUGCAACCAAAAUCAAUAUGGCUUCCACGAGAAAUCCCGCUGGCGAGAUCACGUGUGAAAGCGGAAACACGUGGUUGAAAGUUUAUGAAGAGGUUGAUAAGUACAAUAGGGUGGUUAUUGGUGGAAGUGCUCACACAGUCAGCAUGGCAGGUUACACUCUGGGUGGCGGCCAUAGUCCAAUGUCCCGGAUGUUUGGUAUGGCGGUAGACAACUUACUGGAGCUAGAACUUGUCACGGCAAAUGGCGAAAUCAUACUGGCCAACGACCAUAUGACCCAAACCACGCACCUGAAUGGCAGUGUAACCACGUCAGACAAUACGGACACUUUCUGGGCCUCGAAAGGUGGCGGAGGAGGAACAUUUGGCAUUGCGACCAAAUUCACCUACAAACUGCACCAUGCCGCCCCUCAGGUGGUGCAGUUUGUGUGUGGAUACCCCUUAAUUCGUGCAAACGGACAGCACAUCGGAUUUACCGUUUUACAAAAAAUAUUUUCCUUGAUUAAAAAUUUGCCAAAAGAAUGGGGAGGGUAUGUGAUAGCCAGUGGCGUUCCCUCAGACAGUGGAAAAUGGGGAAACGUUAUAGUAGGUUUCAACCACUAUGGAUCGUUCGCUUCGACCACACGGGCAUACAUGGACCAGUUAGCUAAUUUUCACAAAGAAUGGCAAAAUUUUUGCUUUUACGUUAAUCGUACAACUUUCCUUGAUUAUGAAGUUACAGCCAAAGACCCUUUGUUUUACGCAGGAUAUAUAACGAACACUCUUUUACAAAGUGAUAGUUUUGACGACAAUUUGGUAAGGUUCCUCGUAAAUGAACUAGAAACCGAGCAUACAAAUGUCAGUUCAUUCUCCUUCACAGGAACACUUCUAGGAGGAGAAAUGAUGAAAGUUGGGGCACACGAAACCUCUGUUCAUCCUGGAUUUAGAACAGCAUUGAUGUCGUUGUCUGCUUCCAUAGGUUGGGAUACGGGGUUGUUAGAUUAUGACGGCCUUCCACAAAGGGGCGCCAUAGUCGGCGAACAGCUGAGCGCAUUCGGUGACGGUCAAUAUCCAAAUGAAGCAGGGAUGGACGUCGUCCAUUGGCAACAGGAAUUCUGGGGCAGUAAUUACAAGCGUCUUUUGGACAUCAAACAUAAGCUGGAUCCAGACAACUUUUUCACAUGCAGAGAGUGUGUAGGAUCUGCCCACCGUCAAUCUAGUCAUCUUGGUCAUAUUAAUCUUGGCCCUAUCAUUGGAUAAAGUCU